CCUAACGGAAAGGGGAGGGGCGCCACCCCCAGGAGCCGCCUCAUGCCUCAGGCGCUUAAGGGGGCAGCUGAGCCGGACCUGGACCCGAGCCCGGGGAAGCCGGAGAUGGCCGAGUCUGACCCUGGGGAAAGGAACUACGACAACAUGCUGAAAAUGCUGUCGGACCUGAAUAAAGACUUGGAAAAGCUACUGGAAGAGAUGGAAAAAAUCUCAGGUCCAAUCAGCGCACUAUCACUCCAAUGGGACAGCUUGAUGUCCUGUGGAAGGGAAGGCAGCUCGGAAGCUGGAGAGUUGAUAUUCCUGAAUUAGGAUAGUGAAGAUGAAUCGUUAGCUUUGCCAGCUGAAAGCAAACUGCUGAUGGUGGUGUUUACGAACAGACACAGAGAAAAAAGCAUUUGUCAGAUCUAUGGCUGCAUACCGGGUAUCAGGGGAUAUAGGAAUUUGUUCAAGCAACAAACCCACUUCUGAAGCAGUCGCUACAAUUGGAGUUACCACCUGAUUGAGUCUCUAAAACCGCCUGCUGCACAGGCCAGAUAGGCAAACUGAGUGGGAAUGCGGUGGGAAUUAGGGAACUACCCCGCAUCCUUCAAGCCUUA